AUGUCAACCUCCAAUUACCCACAGCUAGAAGGAAGAAAUGAUCAACAACUAGAAAGUCUAGCCAACAAAUUGGCUACAUUUAGAAACAUUAAUCAGGAAAUAGGUGAUCAAGCUGUUAAUGAUAAUAGUCUGAUCAAUAGUUUAUCUAAUUCUUUCGAUUCAAUGUUGAAUAACUUGAAACAUACAUCAGGAAGAUUGACAAGAUCUCUGAAGUCAGGGAGUAACAUAUGGAGAAUGGUUGGUUUAGCAUUACUGACGUUUUUCAUUUUAUAUAAUUUAUAUAAAUUUUUCUAG